UCGAAAGAACAAGAGCAGUUGCUGCAGCCAGGCAAACAACAAAAAGAAUGAGCUGACAGAGCAGACAACAUUAGGGAACAGCAGGGAUCUCUCUCAUGAUGAUCUCCUUCUCCUGCUGAGUAUCCUGGAGGGAGAGCUACAGGUAUCAAUGAACGGAAUGCAAUCAAAGCCAGAGAUGAGGUGAUCACAGUGUUGAGGGCAGAAAAGACAGACCUGGCAUUACUGGAGGCCCACUAUGGCUUUGUGACUCCUCCCAAAGUCCUUCAGGCCCUGCAGCGAGACACCAUACUAGGCAAAGGUCAUGGCUGGCAGGAUGACAUCUAUGAGAAGCCAAUUGCAGAGCUGGACAAGCUUGUGGAGAAGCAGAAAGAGACAUACAGUCAUAUGCUGGAACAGCUUCUGCUAGUAGAACAGGCACACAAACAGACACUCUACAGACUAGAGGAUGAGAAGCAAAAUCACAGCGAGUACAUGAAAAAAAGUGAUGAGUUCACCAGCCUUCUGGAGCAGGAAAGAGAAAGAUUGAAACUGCUCAAUGAUCAAGAAAAGUCUUACCAGGAAAAAAGAGAGGAAGAGAAUAACAGGAAGAUCACCAAUCUUAAAGAAGAAUUGACUAAACUAAAGUCAUUUGCCCUCCUGAUUAUUGAUGAACAGCAGUGUGUUUCAGAAAAGCUAGUUCAGCAAACUGCAAGGGUUCGAGAGCUGCAAGCUGCUGCCAGAGAGGCCCAAGAGGAGCUAAGCUCUGUACAGUCCAGGGCACAAAAAAUGGAGAGCAAAGUGCUGCAUUUACAGACUGAAUUACAUGACCAGGCUGUUCAGUUCCACCAAGAAAAGGAAGCCAUGAGCAUCAAACUGGCUGAUGAGAAUAGCCAAAAUAGGCAUUUGCAUCAGAAACUGUCUACUCUUUGUCAAGAAAUGGAUGAGCUUGAAAAGACAAACAAGGCUCUUCGCAGGGCAGAAGAGGAACUGCAGGAGUUAAGGGACAAAAAGAGCAAAGGGGAGAUUGGAAACCCUAGCCUUGUGUCAGAAGUGGAAGAGUUGAGAAAACGAGUGGUUGAAAUGGAAGGAAAAGAUGAGGAAUUGAUCAAGAUGGAGGAUUUGUGCAGGGACCUCAAUAGGAAGCUGGAGAGGGAGGCAAUCCAGAAUCGUAGCCUGAAAACAGAGGUAGACAAGUUAAAUCACAGAAUUCCAGAUAUUGAAAAAUUAGAAUAUGCCUUUAUACAGAGCAAACAGGAAUGUAGCUCACUUAAGUGCAAUCUAGAAAAAGAAAAGGCAGUAUCUAAACAUAUGUGUAAUGAACUAGGUAACCUUAGGAUCAGGAUCAAAGAAUUUGAAGCUGCUGAAAGUCUUUUAGAAAAAACAGAGUGGACACUAAAGGAAGAUCUUACAAAAUUGAAAACACUAACAGUUAUGCUUAUUGAUGACAGGAAAAACAUGGCAGAGAAACUGAAGCAACUCGAAAAUAAGUUUCAAGAUAGUACUGACAAACUUCAGGCUGAACAGGACAAAGUCACAUUAGUGACAGAGAAGCUGAUUGAAGAAAGCAAGAGAGCAUUGAAGAUCAAGGUUGAAAUGGAGGAAAAAAUCUGCAUCACCGCCAAGGAAAGAGAGGAACUUAAGGUCAAGAUAAAAGCUGAGGAAGAGAAAAGCAAUGCCCUUCAGUCUAAAGUAAGCUUGAUGAAGAAGAGGCUUCAGUCCUUAGAAGCUGUUGAAAGGGAGUUUUUGAAGAACAAAGUAAAACAAGAGAACACAAAGGGACCCAUCCAAAAUGGCUUCCAACAAGAAAACAACAAAAUGAAAGAUUUAACACAGGAAGUAGAAUGGCUCAAGAGGAAACUCAGAGAGAUGAAUGUGGUAGAAGAAGAUCUUUUGAAGACACAAAAUGAGGGUGAAUCAUUCGAAAAGAGAUACUCAAAUGAAAAAUCCCUAACUGAAGAAUUAGAGAUUGCAAGGAAGGAGCUAUAUAAAUACCAAAUGGUUGAAAAAGAAAAUUUCAACCAAGAACACAUUCUAUAUAAGCAGCUGAAAGAAGAAGAGGCCAAGUCCAGUCAUCUGACCAAAGAGGUGGAAGCAUUAAAGGAAAAGAUACACAAUUACAUGGGCACAGAAGAGUCUAUCUGCAACAUGAAAACAAAAUAUGCAACUCUGCAGAGAAAGCUUACCCAGCAAGAAAUUAGAAACAAGGAACUUGUCAGGGAGAAGGAGAGCUUAACAAGAGAGCUAGAGCGAUAUCGUCGCUUUAGCAAGAGCCUCCGGCCUGGCAUGAUUGGGAGACGGUUCUCAGACCUCCAAGUCUCUACAAAGGAGGUUCAGACUGAAUCACCAAAUGGCCCUACUUAUAAAAACCUUACUCUUCUAGAGCAAGCUGUGGAGAAUGAGAACAUGUAUAAGGAAAGCAAUCAACAUUAUGAACCCAAUUAUAAUGAGAUGAAUCCAGCUAAAUGUGGUACCUCACUCAAAAACAAUAAUAACCACCAGAACAACACAAAGCAAAUUAGAAAUCCUAUUUUAAACAGUGUAGAGAAACAGCAACUUAUUAAUUGCAAAAUGCAAAACACACAAAAUGGAUCUCACAUUCAGCAAGGGGUCACCCAUAACUUGAGCCAGCAUCUACGCAUCAAGAAGACACCAGAUAAUAGCCAUAACACAGCUACCUUUGAGAUUACAAAUGCUACUUCAGAGAAUUCUCAGUCUUAUUCCACUACAGCAGUUAUCCCAAAUGGUAAUUGUACCAGGAAACAACAAAUUACCAUUACCCAAAAUGCACCAGCCUCACCACAGAAUAAUAAGUGUCAUCCUUCGACUGAAAGCUUAUUCACAUCUGAACAGUCAAUGACACCACACAGUACUACAACCUAUUCACAAACAGUGAUUUCUGAAUUCACAAGUUUAUUGACACCAAACAGUGCAAUGUUACCUACAGAUAUAACAACAAUCACAACAGGAGGUUAUGACAGAUCACAGGAGACUGAUAUCAAUGCAAGUCACACUGUCUUCUGUGAAACACCACAGAGGCAAAAUAACUGGCAUGCACAUAGUUAUAAUAGCUCAAGCCCAAGUGUCAACAAUAAUGAAGACAACAAACUACCUAUUCACUUAGGCAUCCCUUACCCCCCGACUAUCAACAAUACUGAACCACCCUGCUAUUCUCCUGGACAGGAGCAAAAAUCCUCAGAAUUAACCAGUGGUAUCCUUACCAAAGUUAACAGCAAAACUGUGAGUAGCCUCGGGAUAAAGCCUGCCUCCACACCAAUCCCACAACCAUCACAAAGUACAGUAAGUAGUGUCUAGAACUGACCUAGACCCAACAUUGAUUGGCAAUAGCUGCCUUUGUGAAUUGAUUCAAUUCAAUACUCAAUUUAUGACUGAAAAAACUAACUUUUGUAUCUCUGACCUGGGAAAAAUAUGUACUGAAACAUAACAGAAACACCUUAGGCAAUAAUAUGCCUGGGUUACACAAUGUCUUUCUUGGGCACUGUAAAUCCUAGCCACAUGAGGUUGGUGUUGCUCGAAAGCUACAUAAGAGUUCUGAUUGGCUGUUUUAAUUUGGUCAUGCAACCAUAUAACCUUUAAUUCAUGCUGAUCAUUCUGAUAUGACAUCUUGUUCUCAAUUUUAACUGGUUUGUGCCAAUUGGACACUUGUGUUUAAACAGUGUAAUUGCAUUAGAUGCAUUAUUAAUAGAAUUCUGAUUACAUUGUGAAUCACCCAUUUCCAUAAUGUGUCAAUGUGGUUGCCAGUGGUAUUUUUUACUAUGAUGUUUGUAACUAUGGUUCGUUUGGAUUUGGCUAAUUCCAAAUUAUAUGUGUGCAUCAUCCAAAAAAGAGAAAAAUAUAUUAAAACAAAUCACUGCCAUCACUGAAUCAUAUUUCUGGAUAAGCUUUAUGCACUUUUUGCAUUUAGUACAAUAGUCAAUUUACCAUUAUAAUGGUACAUUUUCAUUUACCACUUUAUGAACAAUUGCUAUAUGUGGUCAUUUUAUAAAUGUUUCUAGGAAAAGCAACAGCAGGGUAAAGGGAGAAACAUCCAGGGAUUCAGUGUUUUGAUUGGCUGAUAUAAUUUCACAUACUGACCUAAUAUUACUACAGUUCUAGUUCAAUAAAAUAAAAUAAAAUUUUAUUUCUAUAAGGCUUUUAAAACAUGGACAUUUAAAACAUGGUCAGAAAGCUGCUUUAUUUCCUGUGAUACCCAGAGGUGAAACAUUUAAUUUGAAUCACUGAACUUGUGGAAGUGAAAUAAUACGCACUGAAAUGUCCUGUCAAUUAUUAAAGGUUGUAUUUUAAAAACUUGAAUAUUUAAUAUUGAAAACAAUGCAAUUUUGUGUCUCUACUUGAAAAAUUCACAGAUUAAUUAUGCAAACACAUUGAAUUCACAGCUUAAUUAUGCAACCAUGUUGAACUGCAGAACCUUAAAAUGCAAGCACUGUUAAUACGAUGGAUAUUUUUUCAGUUACUGCUAUUCAGAAGCAUUUUUGCUUCAAAUACUUUUGUCACUAUUUUACUUCCAUGUCAUAUCACUUGCAGACCAAGCCAUCUUCUUGGUUUAUUAUUUUCUAUUUGGGUGGAGUGAUAUGUUUAUAUCAUUAUUUAUAUGUUUAUAUAAUUAUCCAUGCUAUGUGAAAUACUUUUAAUUUAAUUUGAUGCUAUUUAAGUUGUAACUUUGGAGUGUUUUACGGUACGUGUGAUCAUUAUAUCUAGAGACUAGCUCUAAUUAUAUUUAUUUUAAGUUGAGCUAUAUUAUCUAUGAGUGUAGCUAAAUAUUGUCCUGGUUACCUGUUCAAGGUCUUUGGGCUCAGAUGGUGAAUCAGUCAUAGCUGAUAAUAAUGUGAGAGGAAAGUGAAGAAGAGAAUAACAAAAAGGUCAUGAUCAUCUUAAAUAGAAAUAAAUGGAAGUUAUUUGUUAUUGAUUAACUGCGGUGUGUCACAGAACAGCUGGCUCAGCAAGCUUCUGCCAGAGAGGCCCAGGAGGAGCUGAAAUUUGUCCAGACCAAGGCACAAAAAAUGGAGAGCAAAGUACUACAACUUGGAGGCUAAAUUACAUGGCCAGGCUGCUCAGUUGUCAUGAGCACCGAACUUGCUGAAACGAAUAGCCUAAAAAUGGAUCUGUGCCAGGAUCUGUCUACACUAUGCCAAGAGACUCCCUCUCCAUUGUGCUCUCCAUUGCACCCAGUCCAGCUGGCCAUUCUUUGUGAGAUAUGGGGAGGUGGGGGGACUACAGAAGAGAAGUUAGUCAUGAAUUGGCAAUAAGCCAACCCAAGAAAGGCACAUACCUGUUUCUUGGUGGUAGGAUGCGGGUACUCUUAAACAACCUCCACCUUCUGUGAUUUGAAUAUCCCCCAGAUAUCUGGUAACCCAGGCACUGUGCCAUGGUUAGCUCCAGAUGCCAUUUGGGUCCCCCAGAUGGUGCAAGUGGUGUGACAAGGUGGUGGAGUGAGCACUAGACUAUACUCAUUAGCUGCAGAAAUGUCACAGGUGCCCCAAGUAGGCAAAACGGAAGAACCUGGUACUGCCAGUGCCAGCUAGUGGUGUUAAACCUUUGUAUCAGGGGCCAGAGAGACUUGCCAGUAGCCUUUGAUGAGGUCCAGUGUUUAAAUGAACCGGGCUUUUCCCAGCCACUCAAGCAGGCCAUCCACAUGGGGAGGGGAUAGCUUUAGAAGGCAGAGACAUGGUUAAGUUUCUGGAAGUCAUUACAUAGUCAGAGACUCCCAUCAUGCUUUGGCACAGUAACAGUAGUGCUGGGCCUGGUGCUGGCACAUUCCUCUAUGAUCCAUAUAAACUGUUUUAGGCUUUUAAUUGUUAACUGUUAAUUAUACUUUAAAGUUUUUUUUUAAAUAAGAAUAUAACGACAAAGGCAAUUUUCUGCUCAUUGUUCUAAAAUGUUUUAAGAUUAAUAUAAAGUUAUUUUCCAUUUCCUAUUGCCACUACUAUUAAAAAAUAAAAUAUUAAUGAUUUAAUGACCAGCAAUUCAAUCUAUAAGUACUUAAAAUCAUACUGUACUUAUGCUGUAAUUAUUUUAAGUAAUUACAGUAUUCCCCUGUAAAAUACAGUGCAUUGCUGUAGGCAAUAGAGUUUAAUACUGUAAAAUGAUGUGAUGCUACAGUAGUAGUGCAUUUACAACAAAAGGUUUUACAGUGUAUGCUGUAAGCAUGUACUAAUACUGAAAUUGUGUUUAACAGGGUAAAUGUAAAAUCAUUCUAAAAGUAUGAUCACAGCAACAACAUAUAAAUUGGAGACUGAUCUUCAUUAUCUAUUUUAAAUCAGUAAUAUAUAUGGGAAUUCUGUAUUGUAUUUUUUUAUUACAUUUUUGCAUAUUUUAUUAGUUAGAUCACUAGUGACUUUAAUAACAAGCAGCUUGUAUAAAACAUUAGACCAUAUUAAAUUUCUUUUCUCACAGUUAAAUUGUAAGGUAGCAUGUAUAUAGUGAAGAAGGUAGAUGAGCUCCAUCUUGUGUGCAUUUCCAAGUUAUUCUGUGCUACUAAUUUUCUUAGCAAAACAAUUCCCUAUCAACAUACACUAUAUUGCCAAAAGUAUUCGCUCACCUGCCUUGACUCGCAUAUGAACUUAAGUGACAUCCCAUUCCUAAUCCAUAGGGUUCAAUAUGACGUCGGUCCACCCUUUGCAGCUUCAACUCUUCUGGGAAGGCUGUCCACAAGGUUUAGGAGUGUGUUUAUGGGAAUUUUUGACCAUUCUUCCAGAAGCGCAUUUGUGAGGUCACACACUGAUGUUGGACGAGAAGGCCUGGCUCUCAGUCUCCACUCUAAUUCAUCCCAAAGGUGUUCUAUCGGGUUGAGGUCAGGACUCUGUGCAGGCCAGUCAAGUUCAUCCACACCAGACUCUGUCAUCCAUGUCUUUAUGGACCUUGCUUUGUGCACUGGUGCACAGUCAUGUUGGAAGAGGAAGGGGGCAGCUCCAAACUGUUCCCACAAAGUUGGGAGCAUGGAAUUGUCCAAAAUGUGUUGGUAUGCUGAAGCAUUCAGAGUUCCUUUCACUGGAACUAAGGGGCCAAGCCCAGCUCCUGAAAAACAACCCCACACCAUAAUCCCCCCUCCACCAAACUUUACACUUGGUCCAUCAGAUUGCCAGAUGGAGAAGUGCGAUUCGUCACUCCAGAGAACGCGUCUCCACUGCUCUAGAGUCCAGUGGCGGCGUGCUUUACACCACUGCAUCCGACGCUUUGCGUUGCACUUGGUGAUGUAUGGCUUGGAUGCAGCUGCUCGGCCAUGGAAACCCAUUCCAUGAAGCUCUCUGCGCACUGUUCUUGAGCUAAUCUGAAGGCCACAUGAAGUUUGGAGGUCUGUAGCGAUUGACUCUGCAGAAAGUUGGCGACCUCUUCGCACUAUGCGCCUCAGCAUCCGCUGACCCCGCUCCGUCAGUUUACGUGGCCUACCACUUCGUGGCUGAGUUACUGUCGUUCCCAAACACUUCCAUGUUCUUAUAAUACAGCUGACAGUUGACUGUGGAAUAUUUAGGAGCGAGGAAAUUUCACGACUGGAUUUGUUACACAGGUGGCAUCCUAUCACAGUUCCACGCUGGAAUUCACUGAGCUCCUGAGAGUGACCCAUUCUUUCACAAAUGUUUGUAAAAACAGUCUGCAUGCCUAGGUGCUUGAUUUUAUACACCUGUGGCCAUGGAAGUGAUUGGAACACCUGAUUCUGAUUAUUUGGAUGGGUGAGCGAAUACUUUUGGCAAUAUAGUGUAUUUCCCUUUUAAAAGAACAGUAGGAUAGUGUGUGGCUGUUGUUGUGACAUGGGUAAGUUGUCACAUUGGUAAUACAUACAAUAACUCAAAACUUAAAUAGCUGUUCCCUUUCAAGGGAACUCAACACUGUGUCAUGGCUGACACUAUGAGAACGCAUCUAUGCAGAAGUUGUGUCUGAAGCUCUGUGUGAAAUGAUUCUGAUUUUUCAGCUCGGGUAGCUCAUGUGAUAAAGCAGAGUGUGCCAGCAAGACCAUAUAACGGCAUCUCUGUCACAUUACUUCAGCUUCUUUGUCUUCAGGAAGUGCUCUGUUUAUGUUCGUGUCAAUUGUUUGUCCUAUCUGUCUAGACUUGGGAAAAAGAAAAUAUAUGUAAAAGAUUUAGGAAGUUAACACUCAAGGAUAUUGGGUUGCAGAUCAGGCCCGAAGACUGAUUUGCGACUUUAUCCUGAAGGGUGCCUAUCUUCACAUAGGCAUCUUGCCAGAGCAUACAAGACUCCCCUGGUUCACUUUUGGGGUGAAGCGUACGGGUCCCGGGAUCCCCUCUAGGCCUAGUCUUAUUUUUCACCCUCACAAAGUGCAUGGAGACUGCUCUGGCAUCAUUGCUCCCAGGGGCAUCCUUAUACUCAAUUAUCCAGAUGACUGGUUCAUCUCGGCUCAGUUGAGAGAAGUGGCAGCCAGGCAUUGAGAUGGCAUGCUUGCCCACAUGAGGUCCCUAGGCCUCAACUCAGCGAAGUGUGUGCUUUAUCCCUCUUUGAGAACCACCUUCUUGGGGAUUGUUUGGGAUUCAGCCAUGAUGCAGGAACAUCUGUCCCCUCUCAGGGGAUUCUAUCCUUUCUGGUAUAAAGGACAUCUGACUAGGCCAAUGGUUCUCUGCCACCCAGGCAUGAUUGGGAAGCAUGAUCGGGAAACAUGCUUCCUGUUGAGGAAUGGCAUCUUCGUAGAUGGUGGAAUGUAUAUUAUUAAUUAUUAAUUAUUAAUUAUUAAUUGCAUGGAAUGCAAUUUUUUGCUGGGUAGAAAUGACUAUGUUCACCUCUGAGUAGUUGAACUUCUGGGCAGUGCAUUCCCCACCAGGAUAUUUGUGCUGCCAAUGGAUUGGUCCUCUCCACACACCCUUACCAUGUUCUAUUACCUGGACCUGGACCUUGACUCCUGGCUCCUGGGUCUUACAGGGCUGAUGGUGCUCUGCUCCUGGCCUGUUUGUGCCCUCUGGGACAGACAUCUCCUGGCAUGUGGCGCUGUUGGUAUUGGCAUUCUCAUAGCAUCCCAUGACACAGUGUCAAGUUCCCUCGAAAGGGAACUACACCAGGUUAUGUAUGUAACUCAGUUCUGUGAGAAGGGAAUGAGAUGCUGUACAGACCCUGUGCACCCACUUGCGCUUCCUUUAGAUGAAUAGAAGCUGGAGUUAUGUGAAAUAGAUGCCUUUUUAUAGUCUUGCUGGUGCACUCUGAUUCAUCACUUGACUGACCAGAGCCGAUAUAUCUGUGUGAUUUCACACAGAGCUUCAGACACAACUUCCACAUAGUAGCAUUUCCAUAGUCAUUAUACAGCUUCUUGUUCCCUUCUCAGGGAACCGGGUUACAUACAUAACCAGGUGUAGUUUUGUGUGACUUUAUAUUCAUAUGAGGUCAGCUUCCUGGCAUAUGAAUUGACAACUUCAAAAGUGUGUUAAGCUCUCACCGUGAAAGAUCGUCUGACUUCCUCUUCUUCUUUCCCGACAGGUACCUGUGGAAGCAUUCCAGCAGUGUGGCCCCACUAGGAUACCUAAACCUAAGGUCUACAGUACCCCAACAGGAACAAAUUCCAGGGCUGCACUGACACAAAGCAGCGGAACUGCCCAAGCCCUGCCUAAAUUAGGG